AUGGAUAAUUUUUCGGAUAUUCUUAACGAUAUCCUCAAUCCUACGGAGGACUCCAAUGAAGAUUUCAAUUUGCUCGUAGUUGCCAUGGAAGAAGAGGAAUUGGCUCGUCAAAGACAUCUACCCCGCCAUCAGAGUUCUAUUCUAGGCCAUAGAACGAUUAAUCGUGGUAGACAUGAUGGUGAUAAAAGACUCUAUCGUGACUAUUUCUCAUAUGAUCCAAUGUAUCCUCCUCAUUUAUUAAGGAGGAGGUUUCGUAUGAAUCAUCCUCCUUUUUGUCGAAUCGUUGAUGGGGUAGUGUCUCACAACGACUAUUUUCGUCAAAGAACUGAUACUGUUGAAGUUCUCGGUUUAUCUUCAAUUCAAAAGGUUACAACUGCACUAAGGAUGCUUGCAUAUGGUCAGUUUGCAGAUUCUGUGGAUGAGGCACCAAAUAAUAAUGAUAAUGCUAGAUUGUUAACCCUUGGAGAGCAACUUGAGUUCCCUGUGAUGUUGGAGAGUAUUGACUCUUCUGGACAUGCUUCUACAGUCAAUUAUUCGAUUAAUGGGCAUGAUUAUAUAAUGGGAUAUUAUCUCGCUAAUGGUAUAUAUCCUGGAUGGUCAACCUUUGCGAAAACAAUUUCAACUCCACAAAGCAUGAAAAACAAACAUUUUGCUAUGAUACAAGAAGCAAGGCGGAAGGAUGUUGAGCGAGCAUUUGGGGUACUCUAG